CGGGGGUAGCAUCGCCAGAAGAGCCGGGCUCCGCAGACCGCGCACACACCGCACAAGGGGUUGUUCGCAUCGCGCCGCACGCUACCACCCUCGUUUCUCUCCUACGUGACCGUCGCGACCCCGUCAGACGCGACGCGACGUAUCGUACAGACAUACGAGUGCCGACGGCCGUGCGCGACGUUGCUAUCGUUGCUAUUAUGUAAGGGGACCGUUGGCGUCCAGACUACCGAUACUACUUAGGAGCGGCAACGUGUGGACGUACGCAUUCGACACGCGAACAGGGGAGAAAAUACGCGCUGGAAGGGCGACAUGCGAAGAGACGCGCCGCGCCGGCCGCGAUCAGAUCACACACACUGCGGUUGUCGCAAGGACGUGCGAGGAUCGUCGCAGGAAUAAGGCGCGCGUGAAUUCGACGUGGGAGGAUUGGAAGAGGAGCAUCGAUGGAACUAAAAAUCGUACUGCUGAUUCACGUCGUGGGAAUUUGCUUCGGCUUCCGAGAGGUGCGGAUCCAGAUACCAGCGGCCGUGAAGAAAGGUGACUCGGCGAUACUGAACUGCUGGUAUGACACCGAGGGGGAUCCUUUAUACGCCGUCAAGUGGUACAAAGGGGGUCGAGAGUUUUAUCGCUAUGCCCCGAACGAGACCCCGGUCGUCAAGACUUUCCCCAUCGGGAACUUGACGGUGAAGAAGAGCGAAAGCAACGCGACUCAGGUAACCCUGACGAACCUGGAACUGGAGGCAAGUGGUUCGUAUAGUUGCGAAGUAUCCGCGGACGCUCCUUCCUUUCACACAGACUUCGACGACGCGACCAUGAACAUCGUCGAAUUACCUUCUCAAGGGCCGCAGAUAGUCGGGUUAAGCAGGAAAUACCAGGUCGGCGGUAAGCUACGUUUGGACUGCACAUCCGGACCGAGUAAACCCGCGGCCAAUCUCACCUGGUACAUCAACGACCAACAACCGCAGAAGUCGCACGUUCACACGUACAAACCGGUGGUCACGAACGGGUCAGCGGGGCAGAUCUCCCAAAUCGGGCUUCAGUUUCUCGUUACGCACGAUCAUUUCAUCGGCGGCAAGAUGAAGAUCAGGUGCAGCGCGUCGAUAUACGACAUUUACUGGCAGAGCAGCGAGGUCAGCACCGAGGAGGACAGGCCCAGGGUGAUCCACUAUGAACCGGCGGCUACCAUAGUCGGUAUCAACUAUCUCCAGCCGCCGCCGAACUUUCAGACCGGUCAGAAGAAACCAGACGGCCAUGUCGGAGUGAAAGUUCUCGGUUCGUCCAGGUCUGAUGCGAGGCUGCCGUCGCCGAGAUUGAUCCUGGGCCUGUUCGUCUCGCUACUGAUCGCCAUUCGUUAACUAUAACGCAUUGAAACUACGCGCGCUUUGGAGCUGUUUAUAUAAAUAAAAAUCGACGUGCUUGUAAACAGAAACGAAAUAAAAGGCCAGGCCGCUUCGCGCGAGAGAAUUGAUCGUCCUCCGGCUUGAGGCCAUUUUCCUGGACCAGUGCGCGAGAGGAGCCGGCGGCCGAGACCGAAGGGGACGGGACGAGGCGAGAUAUGAAAGGGACGAAAUCGGUUCUGGCCUGAAAAGAGGGCAACGAGGAGCCGCAGAAGGACAAUGGACAGGGAAAACUCUCGCGGGUGGAUCGCGGGUUACCGGAAAUGGCCGUUGCGCCGCCGUUAAAUCUUGUUUACGGCGAUGAUCAACGAGCGACGCAGGGUUGCUGUAAGGGUUGGCCCGCCGCGUGCAAAAUCGGAGAAGAAACGACGAUCCGAAUCGACGAGAGAGAGAAAGAGAGAGAGAGAGAGAGAGAGAGAGAGUAUCCGUGGAAUAUUUUAUUAUUAGACUACCGUACCAUUUGCUUCCUUUCUGGCGGAGGUCAUGUGUUUCGCAAUGUGUAGACGUUAGGUAUAAUAGGUACUGCUGUAUAGUACGUUCAUGGUGCAUCGGGUUCUUUCGAGACGAGAAAAUGAGUAGUUCUCUUCUUUUGGUACUUUUAUAAAACUCGAGGAAAGACUAAAUGAAAACGUAGCGUGGAUGUAUAUAUAUGUAUACAUGUAUAUUCUAUACAUAUAUCUGUGUGUAUUACCUCUCACUGCCUCUAACUCCAUGUGUAUAUCUCUUUAUUCGUGUUUUUCGAUUUUUAUUUAAAGAGAGAGAGAGAGAGAGAGAGAGAGAGAGAGAGAGAGAGAGAACAUGGUUCGAUGAUUUCGCGCGGUUCACCUAAACGACAAAAAUGAAAAACGUGUGCGAGGAGAUGUACCUGAUUGAGAAUUGGAUGAUCGACGAGUCACUUUGCGUUUCGCUACUGCUGUAACCGAGUAUUCUUGUAAGGCGGUUACGAGCGCCGAAAAAUUCUGGUGCGUUUCGAUGUAAAAAUGAAAAACAGGAGGGGAGAAAACUAGUAUCAUUUGUCUGUCCAAGAGUACACGCGAUUCCGAAGCUCAUGAACAGAAUUGGGUUAUUAAAUUAAUGCCACUUGCCACGUUCGGUUCAACACGUUUUUCCCUCCCUUGACAGAUUCGUUAAUCGCGUUUCACAUUCGGUAAUGUAACGAAUAAUAAAAUUGAUCCGCGCAGUCACGUUCUGUUUACGAUGACUACAGGGUGUUUCAGCUAAAAUGGGCUGUUAUGUUUGAAUAUUUCCUCAGCGACAAGUAAAUUAACAGGAUACUCCUUCGAAACCAUUUAAAUCAUAUUACGAAGUUUUCUCAUAAAAAACAGAAUAGGUGGCUUCUUUUAGCUGAGACUCUGUAUAUCAAGCUUACGAUUCUCCCCCGUUCUGGUUCCGGUGCACGGAAUUUCCUGCUCACGCCGCGCCGGUUACAUUGUACGCCUCGAUACGUACUCGGAGGAAUCUCGAGCAAGAACACCACUGAGAGUUUGCCGAUCGAAACGGUCUACAUGUAUAUUUACUUAUUUAUUUUCUUAUAAACGCGUAUCGUUUCGCGACUAACGGCAUGCCGAACGAUCCGUCGAAGGGAGACGACGACGAGCGAAACGAGAAAGUCAUGUAUUGUAAUAAUGUACCUAUAUUACGUAUUAACGAGCGGUGUGUGCUAGUAUUAGUUUACGAAUUAUUGAUUAAGAAUCGCAACGACUGAAUAAUACUCUUACAUGAUUUUCUAAUUGUAAUAAAUAUUUUUGAAAACCGUCAUCCGUUUCUAUGUAGCUAAAGAAUACAGAAGGGAACACGAGCGGAGAACGCGUGUUUCGUUCGAGCGUUAGCCAAAAUGAGAAUUAUGAAAAUUGUGGUGAGAACGGAUCGAGAGAAAACUGAGAGUGUUGUAAUUAAUAUUUUCGUGCGUUCUACGAGGAGGGAGGGGCGCGGAACAUGCCCGAGAACAUAGUAUCGCGUGUGCGCAGCAUAGUCUCUCACGGUUAUUUGUGUAAUAGUAACGCUAGUCAGAUUUUUGCCAAUCCUUUGGUAUCGAUGCUCGUUAUGUUCCUCAGCUUGUCACGAUACGAAAGAAUAUUUAUGAUAAUAAUAAUGAUAUGAUUGCAAACAUCGCCUCGUUUCAUACCAUCACCAUAUUCAUUUCACCUUAACAUUUUUGUUCACCACGGAAAGAAAGUUCUCCCAUCAAAGAACAUGGCCGAGCUUAAAGUAUUCAUGAUCUUAUAAAAGCGCAAUUUGAAUUUCCAUCUAUCGAUAUCCUUCGAAAUUGGAGACAUUCGCGACAAGAAAAAUAGCCAGCUCGAAGAUACAGUUACUUAACCUGCCCUUUUAAAUUCACAUCCGGAACAGCGCGCUAUAAUCCCCAACGACUGUUCAUGAAAAUUCAACUUCAGUCAAUUACUCCGCGCUCGAAUUAAUCGCAGCUCUACAGACCAGUCCGACGGUUUAUGGGGCAAUUUUAAGCAGCAAUUUCUGCUCGCUUUUAAAACGCGGUAAAUUAACGAAUCGCCUCUCGCCAGCUUCCGAACGAACGUACCGGCAAUAAAUAUUUCACUAAACGCGCAGCGAUUCGAAUCGCGUUAUCAAAGUUAUUACUCCAUUUGUUUCCGUAUCAGCGGCGACAAUGCCGAGGAAAUAAUAGAAUUACUCGUCUCGCGGGGUUACGGGAUGCGACUCGAUCGUGACGGUCGUGCGCGUGCCGCGCACGCCUAAACGCGACUUUGGUUCCCCUGUUAAGCCCACGAAGAUGUGCCAUUCGCAACCGGCAAAUCCGUUUAUUCUUUCAAAUCCGAAAUCCGAUAUCCUGUUGGAGAGGGCACGCUCGCGAUUUUACUUACACGAAAGGCUUAUACGAUUACACCGUCGCUCCCUCUUUUUGCAUCGUCCGACGUUCCGAAGAUCGACGCUCCCAAAAAAAGGCUGUUCACUCGCUGCGAGUACAGUCAUUUCUCAUCUAAAGGAGACUAUCGCGUUGUACGUAGUACAAUGAGAUGGAGAGUCACGUAUUUUUUAUUUAGAGGGAAUCGAAGAUCACUAUGUAAAUUAUAUGAUUCAUGGACGAUUCACGGAGAUCAAUGCGUACUCUUAAAUUAAUCCUAUUUAGUAUUCAGGUCGAAAGCAAUUCAGUGCAGUUUGGAAUAAGAACCUCUUUUCCUUCGGGGAAAUUUACGUAUCGUUAUUUUUAACAAGUUUUACGGAUUACCAAUAACAUCGAAUUUAUUUAUUCAAAACUUUAGAUAUUUUACUUCCUUCCGCUAUUUACAAGGGUUUUCACUCCUUUCAUGUACACGGUCGAGAAAACCGUCAAAUAUUUUUGUGAGAACUGAGGUAAACGUUCCAAUUUCCACUCACUGGCUUAUUUUUCUAUAAUUCUAAGAUAACAUAUAAAAUCAUAGAGAAAUACGUCAGCGAGUAGAAAUUGGGACGUUCACCUUAGGUCUCUGCCUUUCAUCGAAAUCGGAGAAGAUCAGUUCGGUUACUUCCCUCCGUGAAACUAGUAGUAUAGCCAGUAACUAGUCAGACGGACAACCAGAUAUUUUAAUAGAUAUUAGUGAUCACUAAAAAAAUCACUGAUUACUAAAGAAAUAUAUUAAAAGAGAUAUCAAUUCACAUAUUAACGAUCUUAUCAUCUCGCAUUGAACUGUGUUUUUCUUAACAAGGCAUACUCAUACGUCGAUUAUUCGUGGAUAUGCUCGGCAUCUUUGAAUAAUUGAACCAUGCUCGAAAUUACGGUUGGAAUGUUCCUUUCGAUUAGAAUUCAUUGGUUUGCGUUCACGUUCAACACGGUGGAACGGCGAUUGAAAACGUAGCAGUGACAGCGAAUGGAUGAAUAAACAGCAUCCAAAGUUUCUUGUUCACUAACCGCAUUACAAGUAGACCGAUUCGGUGGUUCCUGUUCAACUGUAACUACCACGGACAUUUGUUAUUUUAGUUGAAAUAAAAAUGGUGCACACUUGUGUGUUCGAAGGUGCUA